UGUGAGGACAAAUCAAAGAUGUCAAAUGGAGCUGCAGAUGAGUCACUCUUUUCCCAGCAUUUAGUGACAGGAAGGAGCAGGUAUGAACACGCAGCUUCGCGCUGCGACAUGGACACAUGAGAGGGAGAGGCGUGGUGAUGGAAUAGAGGCGGGUCACAGGAGAUGUUUUGAAUGCUACCUCACCGACUCACCUCAGCUAAUGACUGUGUGGGUUGUUACUGUUGCAGUUCAGUAACUCAGGUGUGAGGGACAGAAACCGUUGGAGAUGAAUCUCUACAGGAGCUUUGGGAACCUUAUGGAGGCUUGGAUGAAUGACGGAAGCUUGUACUCUGACUCAGAGUCGCUUGGAAAUAAUGAUGAAGGCUCUACUACACCUUCAUCUGACAUGGGGACAAACCUGCGCUCAGAAUCGGUGGACUCUGGAGUGGAGACAGCCAGCUCUGAUACUUCUUUUGCUGCUACAUCCUGCUUUGCCUCAGCAGAUAUAGAUGCAUUUACACCAGAAAGAGAAGAUGAUGGACUCACUCCAGCCUCGACAUCACAGUCUCCUGUCCUGUCCUCUCCUGUGCUUUCCUCUUCCUCCUCUUCGUCCCCGCACCUCUGUUCCAGCAGAGCUCAAGAGGGCUCCCCUGCCUUGCGCCUAAAAGUGGAGCAGGCGCUUCAGAGGACUGACUCUAAACUUCAAAAGGACAACCCAGGGCCCCUCACAGUGGAGGAGGUGCUCAGGCGACGGCCCCGAGCAUCUCCUCUGCCCAAACGGCACACAUCAGAAUUAGUGAGAGGUCAAAGGUCAGGCAGUUUUGGUCCAAGGAGAACAGCCAACCCAGUGCCUCUCAGGCAGAUGUCAGACAUGUGCAGACGGCCAAUAUCUCUGAGUUACGACAAGCAGAGAUCAGAGGGACUUGGUGAGGAGGAGCAGAAAGAACUGAGUCCUGGGCUGAGCUACCUGCAGGAGGUGUGUCAAAUGUUGGAAGAUAUUGCCAAACAAAAGAUGCACAACCGAGCGUUACAGGCGGAGAUGGAUGCCCUGCGGGAACAUCCAGACACGCAGGUGAAACAGGCUGCCGACACUUGUCAGAGUGACUCUAAAGCUGCUGAGGAGAAUCUCUCUUCUUGUCUUGAGAGGCUUGAAAAUACAGACAAUUCAGAAUACAAUAUCAGUGAACCCAAGCAGCAGAAAAAUAAACCUUAUGGACAUUUUCGGCAGAGGUCGGCUUCAGACACAACUAUUGCAGCACUGCAUUUGAGAAAGAUGAGUUCAGACUGCAGAGGGCAGCAUCUGAGUACAGAUGACCUGCUGGAGAAGAUAGAGGAAGAGCAUGAAAAAGAGAAGCCUAAGAAGGAGGAGAGCAGUAAAUCUUACAAGACCUGGAAGUUAAAAAUUUCAUCUUUGAGAGGACUUGAGUCUCUGAGAGAUACAAAGGGCCAACAGACGCAGUCAUCUGAGAAAAACUCGACCCGACGACGGCUGAGCCAGCUGUUCAGGAAGAGAAGGAAGACUCUGCCUAUAUAAAUGAACCACAGUGUCUGUCAUGAUGUUUGGCGAUUUUGGUUUCAGUUCUGUAGGGGAAGAAACUUUUCCUAAAUGGUCAGAGAGACUAUCACUGCUUUCAAAUUGACCUAUUCAGCCCAUGUUAUGUAGCAAUCUACCAUGUAUAUUUAUUGCCUAAUGUACACUUGCCUUCAUUAUUUAUACUGAUAAAUGGUGUCAUUUUCAUUUACACUGUUAUGUGGAACAAAGUACAUGUAUGGUUUGUUUCUCUGUCAUGUAAUUCAUAAUCCAAAGCAGUACAAAGCUUCAUAAGAAAACCUUUUAUUUUCUCCCCUGUCAAAGCUAGAAUGUGUACACGCUAGUAUGCACUCUGCACUACAGUAUAAAUAUCAAAUAAAAUAAUGUAGAUAUAA